AGCUGGUUAUAUGAAGGUUUUGUUUGCCAUUUGAUUCAGAAACAUCAAUGAACGCUUAUAUCCAGAAUGCUCUCAAGCUGAGAAGCAAUUUGAAUAUAGGAAUGAAGAGAUAGAGGCUUGGUAAGAAACAUCCCCAAUAGAAAUUUCAACAUAAUUUUCCACUCCUGGGCAGGGCUUUUACCUGUUGACUGAUGUUGUUGGAAUACAGAUGGAUUGUAGUGUAGGUGCAAACAUGGAAUUACGAAGAGCCUCCAGUCCUCACAGGAUGAAUAAGAAUGAUGUGGAUGCAGACAAAUCCAUGUUGCACAGCUGCUGCAUUUGUGGCAAGAGUUUUCCCUUCCAGAGCUCACUCUCACAACACAUGAGGAAGCACACAGGGGAGAAGCCCUAUAAGUGCCCUUACUGUGAUCACAGAGCUUCCCAAAAGGGCAACUUAAAGAUCCAUAUCCGGGGUCAUAGAACAGGCACAAUAAGCCAGAGGAAUGACGUGGAGACGGUGGGAGAGGCCCCACUUAAUGAGAUGAAGGUCUUCGAAGGCUUUGAUGGUUGCACCAGCCCUACCAAAAGCACCUCUGCUUGCAACAAAAUAUUGAAUGGAACAGUUCCCUCAGAGGAUAGCAAGAUCUUGCUCAGAAGCAGCAGAAAAGAGGCAUUGGCCGAUGAUGUUAAAUUAUGUACUGUUCAGUGCAACUUCUGUAAAAGCAAAUUUGAAGGGAAGAAAGAGUUGGAGCAACACAUACAUCAAGUCCACAAGCCUUUCAAAUGUAGGCUGUGUAAUUACAUGACCCUAAGACAGGAGACCCUUUUAAACCACAUAGAAAGAGAUCAUAUUACAACUCAAAUUCCAAAUGGGGAAGCCUACCCUGAGACUUGUAAGCCUGAGUCCAGUGCUGGAGAAUUCCCUUGUGAAGUCUGUGGACAAGCCUUUAGUCAAACAUGGUUCCUCAAAGCUCAUAUGAAGAAGCAUCGAGGGACAUUUGACCACGGGUGUCACAUUUGUGGCCGGAAAUUUAAAGAGCCCUGGUUCCUUAAAAACCACAUGAAAUCUCAUGGCCCAAAAUCUGGGAGUAAAAAUAAGCCAAAAAGUGAUUUAGAGCCCAUUGCCACUAUCAAUGAUGUCAUUCAAGAAGAGACAAUUGUGACUGGAUUAUCCCUCUAUGAAGUUUGUACCAAGUGUGGAAACCUGUUUACAAAUAUGGAGAGCCUAAAAGCACAUAAUUCUGUACAUUGUAAGUCUCAAGGAAUUUGCAGUGAUCCCAGAGGAGAGAGACUAAUAGAUGGAGAUUUGGAUUCAUCUAUAGCAAAACAGUUUUUCUUCCAAUAUCUGAACUUGAGGCCGUCUGUAUGGAUAGAAGGUGUUUCAAGGGGCCAGUCAGGUAAAAGAGUAGCUGAGCUGGAUCCAGUCAACAGUUACCAAGCUUGGCACUUGGCUACCAAAGGGAAAGUUGCAGAGCCUUCUGAGUAUGUUAAGUAUUUAGGAUGGGAUGAAGUUUUGGCAGAUGCUGAUGUCACGUAUGACAGGGAUAAAAGGGAAUAUAUUCUUGUUAGUCAAGAGAAACGCAAGCAAGACCAAGAUUCAUCCAACUCUUCCAGUAAUCCAAAGAAGAAGAACUGCACAGGUGGCCGUUCAGAGAAAAGCAAUAAUGCACAAGCAGGGGACAACUGCAUCCUUGGUCAAGAUGACCUAGAAUACAGACCAUCCUCCCGUCAAAGCAGAAGGGCAUCACAGAACAAGUCCACCGAGUGCUUUGAGUGUGGCAAGAUCUUCCGCACAUAUCACCAAAUGGUCCUUCAUUCCCGAGUCCACAGGAAAGAACGCCGAAGCUUCAGUGAAGGCGGUUCAGUAGUUCAGCAUGAUAGAUAUGGUUCCAAUAGUGAGGAUGGUGAUUCUGGAUCUGUGAGUGCACCAAGUACACCAAGUUCUGCUUCUGCUCAAGAAGAUUCAGUCACCUCUGGAAUAGGUGAAGAGGGUCCUGAGGAUAGUUCUGAGGAAGGAAUACAUGAGCCAUCCCCAUGUAAAAAACCAUUUCUCUGCAAUUUUUCUGCCGAAGAUGCAUCUGGGACAGCCAUACAGCUCAAUCAGGAAAGAAACAAUAGAGAAAAAAAUGCUGUGGAAUCUAAACCCGAAGUGCUAAAGGUGGCAUCUACACCACAGGACAAGAUCAAAGAACCAUUUCCAAAAUAUGUGGAUUGCAAAAUUUACCCUGAUUCAAAGAUGUCGGCAUUUCAGCAAAGUUGUGAUUUUCCUUGUUCCAGUAAGACUGCGGAUGUGAGACUGAGUUUGCAAAGCCCCUUGGAAAUUCAGCAGAAGCUCGCUAAAGAAAUCCUUGUAGAGAUGAAUGAACAUGCUGCGCUCAAUAAAGAUACAGAGGUGUCUGAAAAGACUCCAUUAGAUCUAAGUGAGAAAUCAACUAGGGCUGAUUCGAGUUUUACCUCAACCUUGCAGGCUGCUCUGAUUGUCCACCGAUGUCCUUACUGCAGUCAUAAAACUUACUAUCCAGAAGUCCUGUGGAUGCACAAAAGAAUUUGGCACAAAGUUAGUUGUAAUUCUAUGGCUCCUGCUUGGGUUCUUCAAAAUGGAUUCAAGAGUAUAAAACAUAAUUCUGUUUUUAUGGCAAGAAGUGGGCGCACUGGACCACCUCCUGUACUUGGUGGGAAAGAAUGCCAACCUUUGCCUAUAGCCAGAUUUACACGUACUCAGGUGCCGAGUGGGUUGUCAGGAUCCAAAAAUAAUAAUUGUUCUGAUAUUGCUGUAUCUCCUAAGCCCGGGGCUAUGGCAAAAGAUGCACCAUCCACUGGGGGCGGUGGUCCGCAACCAUCAGCUAUUGAUGGAUAUAGACCACCCAAACUUAACCACACUCAUGAACAAUACAGUACCCAGCAGCCCCAAUUAAAAUCAAAAUUUGAUGUGAACUCCAAAUUGAUGCAGACGGGAAACUUUAGCAGAAAUUCAACGCCUUCCCAUACAGUGAUAUCUAAACCUAGCGGACAGCCCUCCAGUAGCAGAGAAACAGAAAAGUACGUAGUCCCUCAAGUAAAUUCCGGAUCUGCUCCUUUAAUCAAGCAUUGUACUCCAGAUACAGGGAAGGCCAAAUUUUUAUCUCCAUCUCAGUACUACCCUCUGUGUAAAACUGAGCCAUGCAUUACUCAAGAACCUCCAUCAAUGCCUCAGCAAGAACAUACCGCCAAGAGGGAAAGUGAAAUGAGAGCAUUGAUCAAUUGUACUGGAGGAUCCAGAACAAGUCCUUUGAUGCAACCUCAGCCCGUUGCAGCAGGACCUCCUCCAACUGUACAUUCCACCAAACAGGAGCCAUCCCCUGAGGGGCAUGAGAAAUGUUUGGAUAUUGUAAACAUCUUAAAGACCUCCAUUCCAAAGGAUCUGGCUACUUUCUACCAAACCUGGGGUGCCAAUAGCCCCGUAAUGGACCGUGCUG